AUGGGAAAAGUUCACGGUUCAUUAGCUCGUGCUGGUAAAGUUAAGUCACAAACCCCAAAAGUUGAAAAACAAGAUAAGCCAAAGAGACCUCAAGGUAGAGCUUACAUGAGAUUGAAGUACACUAGAAGAUUUGUCAACGUCACUUUGACCAACGGUAAGAGAAAGAUGAAUGCUCAAUCUGCUUAG